AUGGGCAGUGCCAGUAGUAAAGCCGAUGACGCAAACCCCAAGAAUUUAGACCAGACGCAGGGACAAUCUGGUUAUAAUGAUGGCAAACAGCAGUCACAAGAGUAUUAUAAUCAUCCAGCCCAACAGAAUAGCCACAUGGAGGCCAUGGAUGUAGACGUGGAUCUACCACUUGAUGCUACGACGUCUAGUGUAUCAUACAUGGAUGGAGAAAUGACGUCAUUAGGUCAUUUGGAAGUAAAUGAGACCGAAAAGAACAAGAGAAACAGUGCACAAAUGUCAUUAGAUACAACAGUCCUACCACCUAGGGAAGAUGUCGUCCCGAUGGUAUUCAAGUGGGAACAUGGAGGACGGAAUGUCUUUAUUACGGGCACAUUCAAUGGUUGGGAUAAACAAUGUCCUAUGCAUCGAUCAGGCAAUGAUUUUACUUAUAUUGCCAACCUUACAAGAGGGAAGCAUAUGUAUAAGUUUGUCGUUGAUGAUGACUGGCGGUUUGCACCAGAUCAACUCACGAUGGCAGAUGUCGAAGGCAAUGUGAAUAAUUUCGUGGAUGUGUCGGAGUUUGCACCACUGGCUGAUUUUGAGGGCAAGAAUAAAAUACAGGAUGAUGAUGAUGAUCCUGAGAACCCGUAUUCGCGGUACAUUCCCGAGAUUGACGAGUACACGAAGGAACCACCUCCACUUCCACCGCAUUUGCGGCACAUUAUCUUGAACAAAGCGCCACCGACCGUUGAUGGUCGCUUGCUGCCUGUGCCGCAGCACGUGGCACUCAACCAUCUCUACUGCACAGCAAUCAAGGAUGGCAUGAUGGUGCUUGGUAUCACUAACCGCUACAAGCAAAAGUUUGUGACGACCGUUUAUUAUAGCCUCAUGCCUGGCGCAAACUAG